AUGGAAGUGGCAUCGCAUGCCUUUCCAAACGCGUGUCCCUUUCGACGCCCCGAGAACCCGUACGAGCAGACAGAGGCCAUCUGGUCCAACGGGGUGGGUCAGAAAGCGGAUUCCGUCGCGGGCCCGUCCUCCUCGCCGUGUGUGCAACCGAUUCCGUUGGUGCUUCUUCAGCAGUGGAAGUAUUAUUUUGCUUUCUGCGGUGGCAUAGUUGCCCAGGAAGUGGAUUGGCGGGAUGUGCUUGCUUACAUGCGUGAUACUUCAGCGACUGCAAAGUGUUCCUUGCUAACUGACUUCUCCGGCUCGGGCGUAACGGCCAUGGCGGAAUGUGGUGCGGAUCACAAUAACUGUGGUGCAGAAAACCGUUUGACAACGACUGCUGGUGCGUACCAUCACUCGGCUGUGUUUUUAAUGAAUACAUUAGCGGAUGAUUGCGAAAGACGUUUUGGAUCAUGCGCAUUACGUUGUCAUCAUCAAUGGCUUCUGCGAUGGACCAAAAUGUUGGCGCAAUGCAUCACAUGGCGUUUGUCCCAUCUAUUCAGUAAGGGUGAGUUUGUGCCACCGCAGGAACUGCAGUACUAUUGUCUUGUUUUUGCCGCAAGGGCAAGGGAGGUUGUCGGUGCAGAGGCCUACGUUCAGACAUUACUUGAACUCUUGGAAGCAGGGAAGAAUGAGGAACUACAGUGCUCACGCAGUACUGAAGAGACUACCAGCUUCUCACUUACCCAGACUACUACCCAAAAUUUAACACUUACUAUGACGCCCUCGCCUCUGCACGUUACACCUUUGUGUCGAGGGUGGUGUUUUCCUGCACUGUCAGCACGUGUACUGGAUUCGCUCUGGGCAGACGUUUUACGCAUUCCAUGGAAUGUGCUUAACCCAAACUGUAUGCCAGAGCAGGUACGUAGACGGGUGGUAGCGGCUUUAAAUGAGACACAUGUUGAUAUUGAUGACCCUCUCCCUUUCUCUGGAAAUGGUCGUUGCCGAAUACACUCUGCCACGUUGAGGGAAAUCUUGGGGAAUGACAACCUGGUGAAGGGAGGUGUGGAGAAUCUACUUCUAGGGGCCGUCACGCGUGACCCAGUGUGCCUGCAAUUGGUUAAACCCCACCAGUUGCUUGGUGCUGUAUAUUUACUUGAAACUGUCGGAUAUGUGAUGCUGACAAAGCUCCGCUGUAGCAUGGUGGAUAAGUGCUACUACGCACUUCCUUUUCUUGCAGAUUUUGUGUCUUUGGGAGCACUACUUAAAAAUGCGCUGCCUUCCUCUUCAGGGCCCUCAACAGCGUCAGCUUCCUUCCAAGCAGGGACCUCCAAGGAGGUAUUAGGUAUGGGGAUGGGGUUGAUACCAAUGCUAAUUCAAGCUCUUUUAGAGGCAACGGAGGAGUUGUACGUUAAAGCUGUAGACCGCAUUCUUCGUGUUUAUUCAAACAAUACGGUGAAACGCCUCGUGAAAUUUUGUGGUCACAGCGAGGCUACUCUAGUGUCUCGAGAGGCAGUGAACGUUUUGGAGCGAGUCGUGGAGCCGACUAUGGAGGUGUUGCUUCUGCUUUUGGGCCAAGAUUGUUCGUCAAAAGGUGACUGGCACUUUAUCGACUUCAUCGUUAACAUGUUGAAGGCCGUGUUGAAUGAAAAGAUGGAGGCGAUCAGCAAACGGUGGAAGACUGCCUCUGUCUUGCUGCAGUGUAGUUCGGAUCGUGCCCUUCUGCUGAAGUACAUCGAUGACCAUUCUCUACUGCGACGUCGUGCAUCCGCUAUGUGA